AUGGCCCCUUGGGAGGCAUACAAGCUGUACCUCUCACCGCAGGCUUACGUCUUCGAGCCUACCAUGGGUGGUGGAGGGGCAGACAAAGAAUACCUCAUCAUCAACCGAAACGACGACGAGUCCGAUCCUUCCUCCAACCCGCCAGCCCUCUCCCUCUCCUCGACCCUCCCAGCUUACACAAAAGGAUGCAAAACCCUCUCCGUCUUGGGGAUCCUCGGCCUCCUCCCCCUGCACACUACCCACUUCCUCGUAGUCAUCACCUCGCGCUCCCACGUCACCAACAUCACGAAAGACGCACCAGUGUAUAUGGCCACGGACUUCCGGCUGUUCCCCAUCAGCGCCAAGGCGGAUAAGAGCCUGCUUGUCAAGCAUCCCGUCGAGAAGACGCUAAUUGAGCUGUUGAAGGGGCAUCUCUAUUCUGCCCCCUUCUACUUCAGCUAUGGCUGGGACCUCACGAGCUCGCUGCAGCGUCAAUCCAGCCUCCCACCCGGUGGCGCCCCCUGGCAAAGGGCAGACGAGCGUUUCUUCUGGAAUCGACACCUCUCCUCCCCUCUCAUCGAGGCCUGUACCUCCAACACAGGCACGGAUCUAGGUCGCUUCAUCUUGCCGUGCAUCUUCGGCUUCCUCUCCCUCAAGACGGCAAGUAUCAAUGGGCACGACUUCCUCUUUGGGCUCAUCGCAAGACGAUCAAGACAUAGAGCUGGCACUCGCUACUUCUCGCGCGGGGUGGAUGCGGAGGGGAAUGUCAGCAACUUCAACGAGACGGAACAGUUUGUCCUUCUGGACGGGUCCGCCUCUCAAGUCCCUAGCGGUAAGGCAGGGCAACUCAAGUUCAGCUACGUCCAGACGCGCGGCUCGGUUCCCGUGUACUGGGCUGAGGUGAACAAUCUUCGCUACAAGCCCGACUUGGUCGUCAUGGAGCGAGAGGAGACGCAACAUGCCACGCGACUGCACUUUGAGCGUCAGGUGGCUACGUAUGGGGACAACUAUCUGGUGAACCUCGUCAAUCAAAAGGGGUACGAGAAGGCAGUCAAGGAUGCGUAUGAGAGGGCGGUGCGAAGCUUGGCCAAUGACCGGGUCCACUAUACGUACUACGAUUUCCAUCACGAGUGCAAGGGCAUGAAGUUCGAAAAGGUCUGGGACCUGGUCACCAAGCUGGAGAAGAUGGGUCUACGCAGCUCCGACUGGUUCCAGGGGGACGGCGAGAAUGUCUCUAAGCAGUCUUCCGUCGUUCGUACGAACUGCAUGGACUGCCUCGAUCGCACAAACGUCGUCCAGUCUACGCUGGGCAAAUGGGUCCUUACCUACCAGCUGCGCAAGGCCGGGAUUCUCGGCGAGGAGGAGUGGGUGGAUGAUCCCAAGCAUGCUAAGUACCUCUUCCGCAACGUCUGGGCAGACCAUGCGGAUGGCGUCUCCCUCGCCUACUCCGGCACUGGUGCGCUGAAAACGGACUUCACGCGCACAGGGAAGCGCAGCUGGGGUGGUGCGGCGCAGGACGGGGUCAACUCUGUCACGCGCUACGUAAAAAACAACUUCACCGACGGACCGAGACAGGAUGGGUACGACCUCUUCACAGGCGCAUGGACACCCGCUAAGGGAGUGCAGGGAACAAAGCGUUCCCUCACAGUCCGUGCGAUGCCUUAUGUCCUGCUCUUUGCACUCAGCAUGCUCAUCCUCGCAGCGAUCCUCCCACAUCACACGCACAAUGUCGCUCCUUCCACUCUCCCGCGUCAGGAGGAGGCGGCGGCGCACGGCGGUAAGGGGGGACCAACGGCGACCUACCUCUUGUUGUGGACGGGUGUCCUCGCCUUUGCGCUGCGCUUUAUCCUCGAUCAAGGGGUGGAGUUCGUAGCCUACCCGACGCUCAACCGCGGUGUGUACGAGGAGAAUAUUCGGUAUGAUGGGAGUGGUUGGACUUCCGGCCGGAAUGGGAGGGGACCGGGUGGGGUUAAGGGGAAGUGGGGUGGGAAUAGGAAAGGAGGGCGAUACAGUGGGAUGGGCAGGGGUUUUGUGGCUGAGGUUGCCGAGAAGGGGAGGGAGGUUGUUGGUGCGGGUGCGAAGGGCAGUGGUAAUGCGGAUAAUAGGAGGGGGUAUGCCGCGGAGCAGUAG